AUGUACGAAAGUAUUCAGAGAGAAGAGUUAUUUGCUAUUUGUUCAAUAUUUCCAGAUUUGAUAACUUCGGUCAAUGGAAUCAAGAAAUUACAUAUACCUGUUGAUUCUGUUCGCGAUCUCGAUAAGGCGAAUUUUCCUGUACAAGUCAGUUUAAAGAUCAGUUCGAUCAUGCGUCCAAGCGGAUUAAAGAAAGUCGUGAUCAUCCACUUAUCUUGUAGUCCUACAUACCCUGAAACACUUCUCAAUUUCCGUAUCAAAGGAGACAAACGAGUCACUAAAACACAAAUAAGUGUUCUUCAUGAUGUUCUUAAGCAGUUGGCUGAAACAAUGAGAGGUCAGAUAUGCAUGAAAGAGCUAAUCGAAGCUAGUCACGAUUUCUUAAAGUCAUUGUCCAAACCCAUCGUUGAUUGUCAAACACUUAGAAAUGAACAAGAUCUCAAUUUAAGAAAUGAUGAUAAUCUAGUAUCUAAAUUAAAAAUGAUUGAACACAUUGAUGAGGCUAUUCAGUGGCGUUUGUCAUUAAAUGACUCAGAAAUCGAAAGAAAAAAAGAAGAAUAUCAACUUUCUGAAAUUUUUUGUCAAUCUGAAGUUCAUGGAUUAGAUACUCAAACAUUAUCAAUGCAUUUAAAUUCUCAUCGUUACCAACCUUCCUAUCCAGAUGUUAUCGAAAGGUGCCCACUAACCAGACAUAUGUCAGUUUGUUCUCUAAAAAUGUUGUACUUAGAAGACUAUAAAAAACUGAAGAAAUACACAAACUUCGAACAGUAUAAAGCAGCGCAUAGGUCCAUUGAAUCAACGUUCAUUGACAUUCAGAGAGGAUGUUGUGCUGAUGGACCGCAUGAUCGAUUCAAUGUUCUCAGUGCAGAUAUUUUUCCGUGUGUUUGCUAUUUCGAUGGAUUGGAUGUAAAAACCGGUGCUUCAAUUCAAUUGCAUGAAUGGGUUUUUCACAACAAUAGUGCUUACUUAACUAGCAAUAACUUUGUGGAUAAUUUCCUUACUCAACUAGCCUACUUUGCCCGACAAGAUAAACAUCCAAAUCUGUGUAGAAUUUUAGGUGUUGAAUGUACCAGAAACUUGCCUGCUUGUGGUAUUGAUAAUGAUGCCUAUCAUCAGAACAUGGAGAAAUCAUGGGAGAACUGGGAUGUUAUUCGUUUAAUCACGGAACGUCCAAAAGGCACAAGUUUGGAGUCUGUCGGAUCUGGAGUAUUUCCUCCAGUUGCUAAUGAGAAACUUGGUCCUAACUUAUUCUCCGUUUCAAAACCUCUCGAAAUCGAUGAUAAAAAAUUGGUGUGGUUACGUUAUGUAAUACACCAGAUCGUUAGUGCAGUUUCUUGGCUUCAUACCUAUUCUUUCGUGCAUAGGAAUUUACAUCCUUCAAAUAUAUUUGUGGACGAAUUAGGUCACGUCACAUUAUGCAGAUAUGAAUUCUUUGCGAGACUUGAUCAAGUCGUUUCUGAAAAUUUAAAACAACUAGGUGUUCAGUUACCCCAAAAAGCAUAUCAAUGUGCUGUUCACUACUUUAAACGUUCCGUACAACAAAGAGAUCUACAUCAACUUGGUCUUGUUAUACUUCAUAUUCUUAUUGGACCAUUACCUUAUACCAAUUCAACUGAAAUAUCAUCAUUGAUAUCUGAAGUGUUGGACGGUCUGAAAACAACUCAACCUGUUUUUAGAGACUUUCUGCAAACAUGUUUAUCUGCUAAUCAUAAUGAUCAUACUACAUCCGUUGUUGAUUAUUUAAUGUCACAUCAAUUCUUGCAUGACUCUAUUCCUUGUAAUUUUUUGUCAACGAAAUUAACCAAAAUAGAAUUAAAUUCAAGUACAAUGACUAGAACAUCAAAGCAGAUCAAUACUUUAAACAAUCUUGAUGUACAAACUGUUGAAGGGAAUGCAACUUCUAAAUGCCCUCGAUUAUUUGAGGAUUUUACUGAUUUUGUUCUAAUUGGAAAAGGUGGUUUCGGUUGUGUACUAAAGGCGCGGAAUAUAAUCGAAGACCGUGAUUAUGCUAUCAAAUGUGUGAGAGCAUCUAAAAGUCAAACAAAUACAUUAUUUCGUGAAAUUCGUACUCUUUCAGGGUUACAACAUGAAAAUAUAGUCAGAUAUUUCACAUCAUGGCAAGAUACAUUCUCUGAACCACUUCCUCAUAAAAAUAUGCCGUGUUCUGAUUGGAACAAAAAAUGGGAUGAUUCAAAAUAUCGUACCUGCAAAAGCACUUCUUUUUAUUCCGAAGAUAAUGAAGGAGAAGAAGAAGAAGAUAGAACUACUCAUCAUCUGUACAGAAACCCAAUUUCGGUUAAAUCUCAAAAACCUUGUCCAACUGACACACAAAUAAACACUACACUUGACGAGCUAACUGAUCUUGUCACAACUGGCAAUAACUUCGAUGAACGUAUAGUUAACAAUUCUUCUAGUCACAUUAAUGAUGAAUCUUGGUAUAUAGGAACGAAAAAGCCAACAAACAUAGUUCGUAAUUAUUUUUUUCGAAUUCCUGGAGAAAGUAGCGAUGAAACUGAACAUACAAAUGAUUAUUCAUCUUCACCCACUUCAUUGUCAUGUUCAUAUCUAUCUUCUGACGUUUCUGAUUCAUCUAAUCAAUUUGAAGAUAAUCGAAAAACAAGUGAUACAUUCGUGAAUAAAGAUGUUUAUGAUGUUAAUGAUUCACAGAACAAUGAGAUUGGAAAGUCUGUACGAGAAUAUCGAUAUAUUAUCAUUCAAAUGGAAUUAUGUCCAUCCAAGUCAUUAAGAUAUGUUAUUGACUUCGAAAAUUUAUCAUGCAGUCCGGAUAGAGCUUGGAGUUUAUUCCGUGAAUUAACAGAUGGUUUGGCAUAUAUUCAUUCCAAAGGUGUUAUUCAUAGAGAUUUGAAACCAGCCAAUAUAAUGUUAG